AUGGGUGAGGUGCAGAAGGGGCUGCUCUCCGUCAUCCAGAAGCUGAAGGGCUCCUCAGAGCAGGAGCUUCGCAUCAUCCUGCUGGGGCUGGACAACGCUGGGAAGACCACACUGCUGAAACGCCUGGCAUCCGAGGAGGUUAGCACCAUCACGCCCACCCAGGGGUUCAACAUAAAAAGCGUCCACUCGCAUGGCUUCAAGCUGAAUGUCUGGGACAUUGGGGGGCAGCGCUCCAUCCGUCCGUACUGGAGGAAGUAUCUGGGCAACACAGACCUGCUGAUUUAUGUUAUUGACAGCGCAGACCAGAAGCGCUUCGAGGAGACGGGGCAGGAGCUGGCGGAGCUCACUGAGGAGGAAUCUCUCACGGGAGUCCCACUGCUGGUGUUUGCUAACAAGCAGGACCUAGUGACUGCAGCACCCGCAGCUGAAAUCGCAGAAGGACUGAGCCUCCACACUUACCGGGACCGGGAAUGGCAGAUCCAGGCCUGCUCAGCCCUGUCUGGGGAAGGAGUGCAGGAUGGGAUGAACUGGAUUUCCAGCCAGAUCAUGAACCGGAAGAAGUGA